AUGUCCGACGUCCCCCUUCCUCUGGCUCCUCUACUUGUCACUGCACUGUUUCUCAUGCAAGACCAAGUCGAAGCUGUUCUCAACUCAAUCCAACCCAACUUAAUCUUCUUCGACGUAGCUCACUGGAUCCCAGCCUUGGCUCUCCGCUUCGGCAUCGUCUCGAUCCACUACUCCAUUGUUGCGGUCUCGUGUAUAGCUCACCACUUGGUCCCUGCACGGAGCAUAAGCAAAGGUCAACACUACACCGAGCUGAUGCGUCUCUUGCCUGGCUUUCCUUCAUUUAUGCAACUACACACAUACGAGGCUCGCCCAAUCAUGGAAUUCUUGACUCGGGACUUCAUCGAUGGGAUGACAUUCGGUGAUAUCCUCAUGGCUUCCAUGAGAGAUUGUGAUGCUAUAUCCUUGAGGACUUGGAGGGAUGUUGAGGGUCCAUACUGUGAAUACUUGGAGAGAGAGUAUGGGAAGCAGAAAGAGGAGUUACAAGAGCUGGUUCUGGGCCUGGAGUCUACUGGUUUUCCUUUCUUAGCUGUAUUGAAACCCCCGUUUGGGUGUGGAACGGUGGAAGAAGUAUUGCCAGAAGGGUUCCAAGAAAGGGUGGAAGGAAGAGGAGUGGUUCACGGGGGUUGGGUGCAACAGACGUUGAUACUGGGACACCCCUCAGUGGGGUGUUUUGUAACACACUGUGGGGGAUCUUCUACUUGGGAAUCAUUGAUGAAUGAUUGUCAAGUGGUGGUGUUACCUCAAAUCGCUGACCAAUUUUUUAAUGCGAGGUUGUUGACUAGAGAUCUGAAGGUGGCUGUGGAGGUGGAGAGAAGGGAAGAGGAUGGGUGGUUCACUAAGGAGGAUGUGUGUAAGGCGGUGAAGUUGGUCACGGACGAUGACAGCAAGGUUGGGAGGGAAGUGCGAGCCAACCAGGCAAGGUGGAAGGAUAUGUUGUUAAGGCCAGACCUCGAGUCUUCUUAUCUCGACAGUUUUAUGGAGAAGUUAAACGAAAUAACAAAAACGGCCGCCGCCUACAAAGCCGCCGCCGCCGCCGCCGCCGCUUCGUUACAUAAUAAUGCUUAA